GAUUCUUCGCUCUGAUGGGAGAUGGAUCCACGGAUAUAUCUGUGACAGAACAGGAGAAUGUAUAUGUUAGGUAUGUCAAAGAUGGACUUCCAGCGACAGAGUUCAUUGACAUCAUGGCUGUAAAGUCAGCUGAUGCUAAUGGUGUUCUGGCAGCUCUCCUCGAGGCACUACAUCAUGUCGACCUAACAGAUGGAGACAUAAAGAAGAAAAUAAUAGGCUGCACAUUUGAUGGUGCCAGCGUUAACCAAGGUGCCAAGGGAGGAGUUAUUGUGAAGUUGCGGGAAUUGUUGGGGCAUGUGCUCAUUUCGAUUUGGUGUGCUCCACAUAAGCUGGAGCUGUCGCUCCUAGAUGCCACCAAAGCCACUGACUUCAUUGACAUCGUAGAGAAAGGAGUGGACCCCAUCUACAGAUUCUACUAUGGAUCUGGUAAACGUAGGAGGGAGGUGAACGCCAUAUCAGCCGUUAUAGACGAGGAUCCUGUCUAUUUCUCAGCACCCUGUGGCACUAGGUGGAUGGCGUCAAGACUCCGGGCAUACAAGGCUGUAAUAAAAAAUUACAACUCCGUCAUCCUACACAUGGAAGAGGCUUCAAACAGAAAAACAGACGAAGGAGCUAAGUGUGUGGGGUACUUGAAGGUACUGAAGUCUGCAAAGUUUGUUGAUGGGCUCCACUUUAUGGUAGAUGUCUUGGAAGUGUUGGCCAACGUGAGUCUGGCAUUCCAGAGUAAUGAUCUGUUCAUUUAUGAUGUUGAUGUAAAGUUGUGUGAGGCCAGGAUCAAGUUGGAAGGCCUUAAGCAUAAUAGAGGUGAUGUCUACACUGCCUACAUGGCAACCUGCAAGGAUGGCAAGUUUGACAGUAAGAGCAAUGGACACAUCACUUCACUGAAAGGAACAGGUAUUCCAGAAACAGUGAAGAAUUCCUUCUUGGAGAAUUGUGUGAAGUUCCUAGAGAAGAGAUUUUCCUUCCUGAAGGAUACCCCUUUCAGUGAUUUCCAUGUUCUUGACCCCAGGAACGUCCCAAGAUCAGACGCACAACUAGCUACAUAUGGUGAUGUUCAGGUUAUGAACAUGGUGACCCACUUCGAGUCCGUUCUCAGUGAGGAGGAGGUAACCAACAUCCCUAGACAGUGGCCAGCUCUCAAGGCCAGACUGAAGUACAGGCAGAGGCAGCCCGCCAAGGAGGUCAUAAGUGACCUUCUCACUGAGAACCACCCAGAUGUGAAGGACGUCCUGGUUCUGGUGUACAUGAUGGUCACCCUUUCUCCCUCCUCUGCUGCCGUGGAGCGUGGAUUUUCCCUCAUGAACCUCAUAAAAACAUCCAGAAAAUCCCAGAUGACCAAUGAAACUCUGGGGUCACUCAUGAGGGUCAGCCACAUCACCACCACAGUGGCAGAGUUUGACCCAGAGCCAGCCAUCCAGAAAUGGAAAACAUCUGCUAAGACCAAGAGGUAUGUCAAAGCUGCCCCAAAGCCUGCUGCAGUGAACAGCAACUUACCUGUGCCUGUUGCCCCAUAGCUCGGUGUGAGGAGAACCACUGGAGUGCUGCCCCACAGUUCGGGAGACAGCUGCAGUGAACAACCACCCUGAGCCUGAAGCCAUACCUUUCUGCUAGCAUGUCUACUAGUCCCACAGAGGAGAAAACAUUAUAUUGUUAGUACUUAGUUGUUUUAUCUUAUUAUUUUAUAUCUGUCAUUCAUUUGAUGUGCCUUGAUGGUAGAAGUUCAGAAACCAGACACUGUGAACAAUAUGAACAAAUAAACAAUAAAAUGUUUCCUACAGUAACCUAGAUUCUUGUGUGCUUUAUGUUGAUAUGUAAUCAUAUUUAAAAUAGGUGCAGCAAUGCAUGCACAAAGUAUAGAUAUGGACAAGUGAAAAAUGUAUUCGGACAAGUACAUUUCCAAACUCA